AACUAAUUAAAAUGUUGGUGAGUUUAGGGAUUUGAGUUUUGCUAAUUUGGAGGGGGUCUUGGGUUAGCAAAUAAAAUAUAUACAAGAAAAUAUAAAUAACAGCUGUAGCCCUAAUUUUGCCUGAGAGAGAGAGAGAGAGAGAGAUGUACAUGAAUGGUGAUUGACCAUUUCAAUCAUUUAUGACCGUUAUCCGAUUAGCAGCUACACUAGAAAAAACAAAAAAAAGUCUAAAUUUUUUAUGAUCAAAAAUUAAUUUUCCUAAAACAUUGCCUUCUCCUCAGGAAAAUUAAGGUAAUCUCAGCUUUCAAUUCCUUUCCUCCACCUAUAAUCAAGAAAAAAAAAAUAACCAACAAUACCCAAUUCCAAUUCCCAUUAUAGGGAAUGAAACAUUUUUCUCUCAAAAUCUCUUAAUCACUCGAAAUUCUAAAACCAUCAUCCACCCUCGCCCAGGAGGGAUGGAGAUAGAAAAGAAAAGAUAUUUAUUCAAUCUUUUUCUAUCUUCCUCACUGUCGUCAUCUUCGAUGGCUAUCCUCCUGGCUCUCAUCUAUGUCUUCUUUGUUAAUGUUGCCUCUGCAGAAGUCGCCAGCUUCACUCCUGCUGAUCAGAUUCUUAUCAGUUGUGGCGCUAAAAGCUUGUCAGCUAUUCCUGAUGGAAGAGUUUUCAAGACUGAUCAUGAAGCUCAAAGUUUCUUAAAAACUGACGAGGAUAUAUUAGUUACUACAACUUCUGCAGAUGUUCCUUCCCCUAUAUAUUUGUCUGCAAGGAUUUUUGUUCAGGAAGCUACUUAUUCUUUUACUAUGAAAUCUCCAGGAUGGCAUUGGGUUCGUCUUCAUUUUUUUCCAUUCACUAACACUAGAUUUCAUCUUCAGACGGCAACAUUUUCAGUCACUACUGAUAAGUAUGUUCUUCUCCACGACUUCCAUGUCAACAAUGAAACCAGACCUUUUCUCAGAGAGUACCUUAUUAAUGUGACUGAUCCACUUGUUUCCCUUCACUUUAUACCUAUGAAGAAUUCUGCUGCGUUCAUCAAUGCCAUUGAGGUUGUUUCUGCUCCUGAUGUUUUGCUUUCCGAUGAAGGCACUGGCCUUUCGCCGGUUUCGAGCUUUUCGGGCUUGACAAGUUACGGAUACCAGGUUGUUUACAGGAUUAAUGUUGGAGGACCUUUGAUUACUUCGACAAAUGAUACCCUUUGGAGGACUUGGGAAAAUGAUAAUAAGUAUCUUAAAGACAGAGCUUUGGCUAAGAGUGUAUCAAUCCCUACUUCCUCCAUCAAGUAUGGAACAGGAAUCUCACCUCUAAUUGCACCUGCAACAGUUUAUUCAUCUGCUCAGCAGAUGGCUGAUUCACAAACUUCGGUAGCAAAUUUCAACGUAACAUGGCAAUUUAAGGUUGAUACAUUGUUUAACUACUUGGUCCGGCUGCAUUUUUGUGACAUUGUGAGUAAAUCCCUUAAUGAUCUUUACUUCAACGUGUACGUUAAUGGAAAAAUGGCAAUUUCUGGUUUGGAUUUAUCAUCCAUCACAGGCCAAUUGGCAUCUCCAUAUUUUAAGGACAUUGUGGUGAAUUCAACCUUGAUGACUAAUGGACUGAAUGUUCAAGUAGGUCCAAUGGGUGAGGACACAGGUACUAUAAAUGCUAUUUUAAAUGGAGUAGAGAUCAUGAAAAUGAGCAGCUCAGUUGAUAGUUUGGACGGAGAGUUUGGGGUCGACGGCCAGAUGGCUAUCGGUAGCCGGAGUACAGUCGCAGCCGUAGGUUUUGCUAUGAUGUUUGGUGCCUUUGUUGGCCUCGGUGCUAUGGUGAUCAAGUGGCACAAAAGACCACAAGACUGGCAAAAGAGGAAUAGCUUCUCUUCUUGGUUGCUUCCUAUCCAUGCUAGUGACAGUAGUUUCAUGGCAAGCAAAACCUCAAUGGGGUCUCAUAAAUCUACUCUUGGCCUUGGUCGUUAUUUCUCCUUGUCAGAGUUGCAGGAUGCCACAAAGAACUUUGAUCAAUCUGCAAUAAUUGGAGUUGGUGGUUUUGGCAAUGUGUAUCUCGGUGUGAUUGAUGACGGUAUAAAAGUUGCCGUCAAGAGAGGAAACCCACAGUCCGAACAAGGUAUUACAGAGUUCCAAACCGAAAUUCAGAUGCUGUCCAAGCUCAGACAUAGACAUUUAGUGUCACUAAUUGGGUACUGCGACGAAAACGAUGAAAUGAUCUUAGUUUAUGAGUACAUGUCGAAUGGCCCUUUCAGGGAUCAUUUAUAUGGCAAGAACUUACCUCCAUUGUCAUGGAAGCAAAGACUAGAGAUCUCCAUUGGAUCUGCUCGUGGACUCCAUUAUCUGCAUACUGGAACUGCACAAGGAAUCAUUCAUCGAGACGUGAAGACGACAAAUAUUUUACUCGACGAUGCUUUCGUCGCUAAAGUUGCAGACUUUGGGUUAUCCAAGGAUGCACCAAUGGGUCAAGGCCAUGUGAGCACAGCAGUGAAGGGAAGCUUUGGUUACUUAGAUCCUGAGUACUUCAGGAGACAGCAACUGACAGAUAAAUCAGAUGUGUACUCAUUUGGGGUGGUGCUGCUUGAGGUGUUAUGUGCAAGGCCAGCCAUUAAUCCACAGCUCCCAAGAGAGCAAGUUAACUUAGCUGAAUGGGCUAUGCAAUGGAAGAGAAAAGGAUUGCUUGAGAAGAUCAUUGAUCCUGUUCUUGUAGGCACAAUCAAUCCUGAAUCAAUGAAGAAAUUUGCAGAAGCCGCAGAAAAAUGUCUAGCUGAACAUGGAGUUGACAGACCUACAAUGGGAGAUGUUCUCUGGAACUUGGAAUAUGCAUUACAACUUCAAGAAGCAUUCUCACAAGGAAAAUCUGACGAUGAAACUAAACAAUCCACAGGCGUAGCUGCUUCACCACUUGUUGCAGCUCCAAGUCCAGCAGCACCCACCAUUGAUGAUCGUCCAGUUUCAGUUCCUGAUCAAAACACAGGCCCUGCUGAAGUUAGAGCCAUCGAUGAACAUUCAGGAACAGCAAUGUUUGCCCAAUUUUCUGGGUUGAAUGGGAGAUAAAAAAUUUGUAUAAAAUUAUGCUUUACUAACUGAAGAGACUUCUAAAUCAGUAACAGUUUCAAGAAUUUGACUCCAUCUUCUUUGUAAUUUAUGAGGAGCACCCACCACACCAGUGGUGGAAACUUUUGCUGUUUGCUUCAAGAACUGGAUAAUAUUUAGCAGCAUUUAAUGGCUAGGAUUGCUCAUAUAAUUUUUUAUACGUAUGAUGGUGUA